AUGCGGUGUCUUGCCGCCCUGGCUCUGACACUACUCGCCCGCCCUGCCCUCAGCUUGCCAGGACAGGCUGUGUGCCCAGAGCUCAGCUCCUCGGAGAAAGAUUCCUGCACUGCCUCCUGUGUCAACAAUGAGAGCUGUCCCCAGGGAACCAAGUGCUGCACCAGGAGUCCCUGCAGCCGGUCCUGUGUGGUCCCCCUCAAGGCACCUGUCCUGAAGGCUGGCCGCUGCCUCUGGGUGCAGGCCCCACGCCCAAAGCUCUGCUUGGAGAGAAGUGAGUGCUCCAGGGAUGAUCAGUGUAGGGACAACCUGAAAUGCUGCUUCAGCUCAUGUGCCAUGAGCUGUAUGGUCCACACCACAGUUCCACCACCCCUACCUUGCCUGGAGAGGCUGUCCCCUGCUACGCAGGUGCUCAGUGCCAACAGCCCCGAGCAGGAGCCCGAGGGGAAGCCAGAAGAGAAUUUCCCGAUCUCAGCGAAGAUGGCACCCGGCCGGAAAAAGGAACCUGCAACAACUUCCGGCCGGGCAGCAGGCGGCGAGCCUCGCUUCCUGCGGCGCUCCGAGUGA